AGUCUCUGUUAUUUCUCCGUCUAUCCGCAUUCUUCGCCUCCGUGAAGACGUCUCAGGAGAUGAGAACGGUCACGAGGUGCAGGAGUACGGGUAUCGCAUGCGGCGGCACGCCUUCAAGUAAUUGCUGCCCGCCGUCCUGCGCGAUCUCCCCGAGCUGGAAGAGCUCGAGCUACGGUCCUUGGGACACGAGGCCUUUUGGUAUCCGCUCAAGUUCGUGCGAGCCGCCCUUCCUAUCGUUUCUACAAUCGAGGAGCUGACGGAGCUCAGCGUGACUCUCGUUGAU